UUGCAUUUAUUAUAUUGUUUUAUUUUAUACAAGCUUAACAAAACUCAUAAUCAACUCUUAUAUACACAUUAAUAGUACUCGAGUCUUUGAUUCUACCCUGGUCAUACUUUGCUUUAUCACUGACGAUCAUAAUUUGCAAAUGGCUAGAGUUCUCACUACAAUUUUCAUCACUACUAUUAUGCUAGUGGCUAUCCAAACCAUAUCAGUUGCUGCUAAAUCAAAGAAAUGUAAGCAAGCAUACGACUUAUGUGGAGGUGAUACCGGAAAAAAAUGUUGCAAAGGACUCAAGUGCAUUACUAAAGAUGAUUCUCCGGAUGAAAUCGGAAAAUGUAUACCGAAAAGUACAAAAUGUAAGAAGGCCUAUGAUUUUUGUGGAGGCAUCACAGAAGCAAAAUGUUGCAAAAAAUUGAAGUGUGUACGUAAAGAUGAUUUCAAAAACGCGAUUGGAAAAUGUAUACCAAAAAACCCGAAGUGUAAGAAGAAGAACGAGUUUUGUGGAGGCCUUGCCGGAUACAAGUGUUGCAAAGGAUUACAUUGCAUACCGCUAGGCGAUGUUCCGCAUACUGGUGGAGUUUGUAAGAAAGGGAAACUGUGUAAGAAAAAGGACCAACUUUGUGGCGACUUCACGGGUGUUAAAUGUUGCAAGGGACUUAAAUGUGAAUUUAAAGAUGAUUUCUUGGAAAUUGGAAAAUGUAAGCCUAAACACCAUUAGAAGCAUGAGUUUAAUUUGUUUUACUUGUGGUGGUCAUAAUAUUGACACCCUAUCUUCAAAAUCCUGGCCUCGCCUAUGACAACAACCUCCUAAGCCCUCUUAUGCUCAUGUUAGACAUGUACCAUUAAUCAUGUUGUAAAACUAAGAAUUAUAAAUUUUAAUGACAAAUGAAGUAAUGAUCAACAACUUAACAUCUGAAUUAGCUGAUUAUGUCUAAAGAUUCAGUGUACAUGCAUCAUCAGUACUUAUACGCCGAAGAAAGAACAAUUUGUUUGCUGUCAAACCCAAUGCAUUAGCUUCCCCAACCACAAAAAACAAGGGAAGUUAAAACUGUUGAGGAAACUAGCUUAGCUAUAAUUAGUUACAUGUGGUUUGAGCAUAUAUCUCUCUAAUUAAGCUCUGUUAACAAGUGCUUUCUCUCUCGCUCUCUCCAUUAUAUCUCUCAAGAUCGAAGUUACAAUCAUUU